AGAUAAUCCCACCGCUGCCAUCAAAGUGGCGAACAUAUCAUCAAGUUCGCUAUGAUAAAGUCAAGUUCUUAACAAAAGUCAUAUGUAGAAAAAUCCUCUGCCGCGAAAGUGGUGCUUUCUGUUAGGUUUAUCUCUAUAGCGUACUAUUUUAUCUUAAAGUUGUGGAGCAACAGUCCAGUGCUGUGAUGCACACACCGCAGGCUUUUCUCCCGGACUCGGCUUGGGUCUACCGAAUGUAGGCUAAGGAAAUUCAAUGGAAGCGUUCAGAUCAAAGCGUUGAAUAUGACCUAUUUCAUGCAAAUAUUUAUUUAUUUAUUUGAUGAGUAAAUAAUAUAGUUGAUUUCGUUCAUUUACAUGAGCAAUAUUUUGCUGUUUUUAGAACAGACUGUUCACCGUCGUCUCAUUUUCACUUCAGCGAUGCAACAUCUUCCUGUAAUUUUUCCACAACGCAACGCGAUUACGCGCGCAGCCAAGGUAAUAGUAGAGAUUUUCUUGGUCAGCAUCACAGGUGCUCGUGGACCGUUGUGCGUAAUUUUCGACCACUUUUGCAUGUUCAGUUUAUGAGCGAAUUAAUUUAAUACAUCUAAGGGGGAAACCACCAGACCAGUCCUAUAGCAAUAAUGGCUCCGCACCUCAAACGUUUGGGUGAUUGUAAUUGGGGCAUGCGUUUUAUUGUUUAUCCAUAGCAGGCUGUCGGAGUUCGGAUAAACUGAGAUGCAUAGAACGGAAAAAUGCUAAUAAUUGGAAAUAACACCCGGCACUGCUUGAUUGUGAGGCAAUUCAGCAUCUGAAAUAUAUUUCUAUUUGUAAUUUAUGGGAGGACAUAUCACAGGUUUGAAUAACGCUACUGUCCCGAAGAAUCGAAUACCCUUUUUAGUGUAUAUCCCAUGUUCAUCUGCUUGGGGUUUCUGAGACUGCUCCGGUUGUAUACUUCUGCAAAGCUCAUCAACAUAGACAUCAUCUGCCACUUCAAACACAUCAAGCCAUAAGAAGAGGGAGCUUAGCUGCUUUUGGCAUUUCAAAAAGAGGCUGGUUAAAGAAACUGCAGUGAAAAAAAAACACUUUCAGGAUGACAGUGAGUUUCUUCUAAGUGAACUAGAUGACUCCACUGGACCUGUGCCCUGGAAACACCACCAUUUGACCGAGGACUAUCAGAGUGACUGCUGACAUCAAAGUUUUAAUUGUUGUUUUAAAAAAGAAGAACAAAUGCUUGGGCAUCUCUGGUGGCCUGCUGGGUAGCAGUGGUCUUCUUGUACCGUAGUAGCAGCAGCUGAACCACGGUUGCCAUAGUCGAACAAUGGCACGGCCAGGCUCUGGGGUGCUGGUGUCGGUCAACGGGCUGGGGUACCCUCCUCAGAACCUGGCCCGGGUGGUGGUGUGGGAGUGGCUGAACGAACAUGGGCGCUGGCGGCCCUACAGCGCGGCAACGUGCCACCACAUAGAGAACGUACUGAAGGGGGACGUGCGGGGGACUGUGGUCCUUGGACAGGUGGAUGCCCAGCUGGCCUCUUACAUCAUCGACCUGCAGUCCAUGCACCAGUUUAGACAGGAUACAGGCACCAUGAGGCCGGUCCACAGGAACUUCUAUGAGCCGUCGUCAGCCCCGGGGAAGGGUGUGGUGUGGGAGUGGGAGAACGACAGCGGCUCCUGGACGCCCUACGACAUGGAGAUCUGUGUGACCAUCCAGAACGCCUAUGAGAAGCAGCACCCCUGGCUGGACCUGACCUCUCUGGGCUUCUGCUACCUCAUUGACUUCAACAGUAUGGUCCAGACCAACCGGCAGAGCCAGAGGAAACGCCGCCUGCGCCGACGCAUGGACCUGGCCUACCCUCUCAUCAUGGGCUCCAUCCCCAAGUCCCAGUCGUGGCCUGUGGGCGCCAGCUCCGGCCAACCCUGCUCCUGCCAGCAGUGCAUUCUAGUCAACAGCACGCGGGCCGCCUCCAACGCCAUCCUGGCCUCUCAGCGUCGUAAGCUGUACGGAGGGGCCGCAGGAGCUCCAGGGGCCACAGGCACGCUCAAUGUGGUACGGCAGAGUAACACUUUCGCCGGAACCACACUCUGGUCCCCAACCUCCGGUGCUGGGAGCAACAACAUACAGCAUAACAACAUAAGUGCAGGAAGUGGCCAAGCUAAAGUUGAACAGGUGCAGUCGCCCCUGUCUAGUUCCAACUUCCCUUGUUCCCCGCCACUGCCGUCCCUUCCGCUUGCACAUGGCCACUCCCACACCCAUGCACACUCCCACGGCCACCAUGUCAUCAUCAACGGGCAGAACAACCUGAACCGGCCGGGAACCCAGCGCAUUUCCAUGGGCACUGCUAGAGGAGCCAUCCCACCAGGGGUCCCGGCCCUCCCUGUUAAGAACUUGACUGGCUCUGGACCAGUUCACCCAGCAAUUGCAGGUAUGACAGGUAUCCUGAUGUGUGCUGCUGGCCUGCCUGUGUGUCUGACCCGGGCCCCUAAACCCAUCCUGCACCCGCCGCCCAUAAACAAGAGUGACAUGAAGCCUGUGCCCGGGGUCAAUGGCAUCCGCCGCAAGACCAAGAAGAAGCACCUCAGGAAAGGGAAAACCCCAGAGGAUGUGGUGCGGAGAUACACGGAGAAAGUGAAGGUUGCCCCUGAUGAGGACUGCACCAUCUGCAUGGAGAGGCUGGUGACGUCAUCGGGCUACGAGGGUGUCCUGCAGCACAAGGGCAUAAAGCCAGAAAUGGUGGGCAAGCUUGGCAAGUGUGGGCACAUUUACCAUCUGCUGUGCCUGGUGGCCAUGUACAACAAUGGCAACAAGGAUGGCAGUCUGCAGUGCCCCACCUGUAAGGCUAUCUAUGGGGAGAAGACAGGCACACAGCCCCCUGGGAAGAUGGACUACCAUGUCAUCCCCCACUGCCUGCCCGGCUACCUGGAGGCCAAGACCAUCCGCAUCGUCUAUGACAUUCCUGCUGGCAUACAGGCCACAGAGCAUCCCAACCCAGGGAAGAAGUUCAGCGCUAGAGGCUUCCCACGGCACUGCUACCUCCCAGACAAUGACAAGGGCAGGAAGGUCCUGAAGCUUCUGAUCAUGGCGUGGGACCGCCGCCUCAUCUUCACCAUCGACACGUCCAGCACCACCGGCGAGUCAGACACGGUGGUGUGGAACGAGAUCCACCACAAGACAGAGUUUGGCUCCAACCUGACAGGGCACGGCUACCCAGACCCCAACUACCUGGACAACGUCCUGACAGAGCUGUCAGCCCAGGGGGUCGUAGAAGACAACCUGAAGGACUGAGGGGGGAAGAGAGGCCACUGAGGACCACCACCCAUCUCUGACAUAGAGUGGGCCUCUGCAUGAAGAGGCAACAUGCAGCCAAGAUAACUAUAUUUUACUCCCACACCCAAAACAGACCUAAAGACCCUCAGAUUCUGUAUGUGGCCAUGAGAGCGGAGGAAAUAUAGCAAAUGACAUGAUAACAUCACGAUUGUGUUAUACUGUUAUUUGCAUUUACCUAAACAUAACUGUAAUACUUUUCUGACUACUGUCUCUUUGUCAAUGCCUUGAGCAGGUGUAUGUUUGGCAAAAUUUCAACCUGAUAGGGUAAAGGAACGUGAAGACAGGAUUUGAAUGAAAACUGAUCUCAAUGUGUAUUGGUGGUUGUGGGGUUUAGACAUUGAUGCACAUCAACUGUUCAUUGAUUCCUCUGAGACUGGAUUUUGAACUUCCUCUUUUGUACUGAAGAAGAUUUAAGACUGUGACAUCGUAGCAUUGAAAGAGAUGUCUGUUUAUACUCACCACCAAACCAUGUGGCCCAGAAUUUGAUAUUGCAUUUUAAUGUUGACUGCACACCUGGAAUUUUUGCAGAGACAGUUGGCUCGGGCUCUGAAGGCUUCAGAUGUCUGUCCCGGUUUGUUCUAGUUUUAUCAGAUGUGUAUUUUUUAAUGAGUAGGGAAGUGAUUUCUCAAGUUGUAGUUGGUAUUUGUGUGGAAAUCUUCAGGAUAAUUUUUAUAUGCUGAAUUGUAAAAGCGUGAUUGCUUUCCCAGUCCAAUUCACACCAAAUCUACACAGUUCAGCUUGUUGUGAUAUGCUGAUGAGGUUGAUAGUGAGAGUCUUUUGAAAGUGAGGCCUUCUGUGAUUUUCUGCAACAAAACUGUCUGUAGAUCUGAGUGGACAGUCACGGUGAUGCGAUUCUCAGGAAGGAGAGAGGGCAUCUCUGAUUGGCUACACGGGGCCGUUUCACAAAGGCUUGGCUCCACUGGCCUUUGAGCCUGUUGAAGGUUCACAUGCACCUUCUGACAGAGAGACAGUCAGUUGAUCUGAAGAUUCAGCUGUCUCACAGUAGAUGUAUAUUCUAACAGGGGUGCCAACCUGGGGAGGCCUUUGGAAGUUAACCUGAUGUAGAUCCAUACACAAGCAUCUUACCGAUCAGUUAGAUGAUUGUUAAAAAAAUGUAUGCUUCUGUAAGUUAAGAUCUGAGGCAGUCGAGCAAGUCUCGCUCCACUCCAAGGUUAACAUCAUUCGUUUUGUUGAAACACUGGUGACGUUGACCUCUGUGAAUAAGCCUGUUUUAGAGGAGGCGUUGGAAUGAUCUAUCACGCUCGCAACACAUGUGCUUGCCUACUUGCGUGUUUGAAUGUGUGUUAGUGUGUGUGUGUGUGUGUGCUGUGGUGUUAAUACACUCUCUGGCUUUCUAAGGGCUUUAUUUAAUCCGUAUUGCGGUAGUUCAGCAUUACAGCGUGAUUGAAAUUUAAAGACAAUGUUCCCGCUUCAGCAGAGACUGCAUUCAUGGUAAACUAAAUCGGAAAUGACUUAUACAUUUCCAUGGCGCAAUCUGGAACGCCUCAGUCCUUGAACAGAGGAGCAGAACAUGCUUCGCAGAGAGCGAUGUACUCUUCAAAGAAUGACUCUCUCCUCUGAUCCAUCAUAGAGUAGAGUAGGCAGAGCGCCCCCCCCCCCUCCCACACACACACACACACACACACACACACACACACACACACACACACACACACACACACACACACACACACACACACACACACACUGUGAUGUACGAGCCUCUGGUGUUCCUCCUGUUGGGCUGGUUGCAUGAUAAGCCUCUGCUGCAGACAACACCUACCCCAUACUGUCUGAUUCCUCUGAAGGCUCUUAGGUCUGAUACUGAUGUACGGGCAGCAGCUGCGUUUCCCCUUCCCUCAGCAGCUAGAGGAGCCCAUUUUACAGUAGGAUCACUCAGAAUGUUGUUCUAUAAAGUACAGUAUGUGAAGCUGAUGUUGCAUUGGGAAUUUCCACUCCCUUUGCUCCCUCCUCUCUCCCUUCCCACAGAUUAUUUGCUCAUAAGCUAAAGAGUUCUUGAAGAUUUGAGUUUAUUUUCCAAAAAGAAAAGUGAACUUUUAAGCUGAAUAAUUCUCUCCUCCAGUUGGAUCUGACCAAUUUGAAUGAGUGGGGAUGUUGGUAUAAUCUAGAAGAGAUUCAUGUUGAGGGUUUUAUGGUGUCCCACCCACGUCACGGGUUUUGAUCCUUGAAAUGCUUUUGAAUAUCUUGGACUGAAUCAUAGUCUUCCGUAGCACUUUGAGGCAGCACUUUUCUUUCAUUGAUCCUUUCAUUUUAGGAAGAUGUCUUGAAAUGUAUUCAAAUUCAGCUGUUUUUUAUGUUUAUGUUUAUAAACUUGUCUUGUAUUGCUUCAAAAAUAUACGUAUAUAUAUAUAUAUAUAUCUAUACAUUUGCAGAUGUGAUCUACCUUUAAAUGUACAUGUAUGCUCAAUUUGAGUCAUAUGGUGUAAGUUUAAUUUAUUUUUAUACUCUUCUAUUUAUGAAAAUAUACACUCACAUUUACCCGUCCACAUCACUAUACACACAGGCACAUAUUAAAAUGAAUACACUGCCUUCAGGAAGUAUUCGGACCCCUUGACUUUUUCCACUUUGUUACGUUACAGCCUUUUUCCAAAAUUGAUGCAAACAAACAUUUCCUUCCUUUCUCUUAACACAAUACCCCAUAAUGACAAAGCAAAAACAGUUUUUGCUAAGUCAUUAAAAAUAAAGAAAAAGGAAAUAUUACAUUUA